GAAGAAGAAGAAGAAGAAGAAGAAGAAGAAGUGAAUGGGGAUUAGAGUCUGUGGUGUUAGCGGGUCAAAGCCCGCUCUCUUGUUUAUGUGGAAUUUUAUGUGCGCACUCAUCUCAUGUUGCACCGGAUUGACUGAUACAUAUCAGAACUACUGUGGUUUCUCAUAGACAAAUAUAUAUUUAUGUGAAAAGGUAACCACUGGAAACAAUUCAGUGUUUUCCUUUAAAAGAAGUGCCGAGAAUAGUUAGAAUCGACGAUUAAGCUAUGGCCAGAACUGGACGCUGUAAACAGUACAAGGUAACAUUAAUUUCAUCAGGAAGACUGACCAACUCGCUAAGGGUUCCGGUAACCUUAAAUAAAAAAGUAUCUAGAAGACAGCUGACCGCUGUGGGUGCUGGUUAUUCACUAUACUCCACUGACUCAGAGGAUCAGGUUACAACUAUACACAAAGGUUUAGACCGCUGUGCCACUUUACUGAAUGGUAUGCUUCAAAUGGAAAAAACAGAUGUAAGGCGAGCAUGCACAAAACGAGGAAAACUGGUUUCCUCCAAGCCCACACCAAAAUUUGGAAAAGGUGAUGGCAAGAAGAAGAAACCUAUAAAGAAGACAGUCAUCCAAGCUCCAAAAGCACCAGAUCCACAAAAUUCCUCUGUUUUCAAUGGCUGCUUGACCACCUCUACUCCCACAAUGAUUUCUGAAAAGUCCAAUUCAAUCUAUUCUCAGCCUUCACAGCACACCUUUGAGGCAGGAGUUCUGGGGCUGUCAGACAAUUACCAGCAACCAGGAUGGGCAACACCAGCACCCAUUCAUAUGACCUGCGCCCGCUUACCACCUGGGGCUAAUAGCCAGCAUGUGGUUGAAGAUCCUGGGAGCCAAAACCCAAUGCCAUUGACUGAUGAAGUUUCAGAAUUCUGCGGAGUGAGUGCAAGUGAUGAGGACAAGAUGGACUCUGUGGAUUUCAUCCCUGUGAUUGACACCAGCUGCCAAACCAGCUUUGAGAAACAGGUGCCAUAUUACAAGGUGCAAAAUAUGAGCCGUCAUGAAGCUGCCAAGAAAGUCAUGACGGUGAAAAACCUUCUCGGAGAGCUGAAGGCCAUUGUUGCAGAUCAAAUUGACUGUGUGGCUCUUAUCUCAGAAGUUGAGCAGAGUAUAUCCAUGCUUCCUGGAAUGGUAGGCAAUACCAGCAUCCAGGCCGAGGUUGCUCAGGCACUUCAGCCCCUGAGAAGCGAGAAUGCACAACUACGCAGACGUCUUAGAAUAGUAAAUCAGCAAUUGAUGGAACGUGAAAGAACAGAAAAAGAAGCCCAAUCAGUCGACUGCAACUUUGAAAUGGUCUCUUUCCACAUGGCGAAUCAGUCAUUGCAAAGCCAGCUGAAGGAAAUGCAACAAGAUAUAAAGGCUCUACGGAAAGAGAACCGGGAGCUUCAACAGAGGAACCUCCAGUUACUGCAGCUCACAGAGGACCGAGGUGGGGAGCAGAUCAGGCAACAUGGUCAACUAGACAACAACUUCAUCAGAUUGGAUGUGGAUGAUACCAUUUCAGAGAUUAAAAGCUGUCUGCCUAAACUAGAUGUACCUGCAAAGGAGAAUCCCAGUCUGUCUUUAGGUUUUCAGCAAAAGGAGGCAGUUGUCAAGCAGCAAGUGACCAGAGAUAUGUCAAGAGUCACACCGGAGCCACCAUUUGAAAAGAAUGGACCUGAACCUAGUUUGAAUCUCACAAGCUUGUUAGAUCUUUGUGAACAUCAAGAGAAGGAGGCUUGUCCAUCCAAUCCCAUCUCUGACACCAUAAACAAGUUCUUGAACUCAUUAGAGGCCAACAAGAGCAACUCCUCUCCAGGUGCCAUUUACUGCAGUGUUGGAAAUGCUCCACAUUCAGACUGGAACAGGAAAGUUCCCAGGUUAACAGAGGAUAUUUUUUGCUUGCCGAAGCACCAAGUUAUCCUGUCAGAAGCUGAAAAGGAUUUUGGUUUCAUUCUGGAUAGGGAACCACAGCAGGGGAGGACAGUCUAUGUCCCGCUGAAGGAAACACAGCCAUCAGGGGAUGUGCGAAGGCUCUCUCCUGAAAGCAUGAGCCAUGUGAUGUCACUGGAGUGUAGUAACAAGAUACAAGACGGACAUAGUGAAACAAAUGUGGCUCAGUCCUUUGAAAGACUGCACAUCUCGGAGCCGCCCUUAGUCCACGUGCCUCUCUUUGAUGAUCUCACUGGGAAUUUUCCAGCCAAGGUUGAUAUGACAUAUUUGUCAAAAUCCCUAAAUAACAACAUCCUGCCAAAUGCUACCCUGCCCUGUGAGGACAACAGAAUGCACAGAGGGAGACUUUCAAUGUUAGACAAAACUUUUUCUUCCUGUGACAUCAAGUCUGUGGCUUCCAACUGGAGCGCAAGCUCCUGCUCUUCGUUUAACACUUUGGAUGAGCAAGACUUUAGAAAUGGAUUGGCAGCUCUAGAUGCUAGCAUAGCCAGUCUUCAGAGGACCAUCCAGUCAGACCUGAACAGAUGAAUUCUUCAGUUCUCUACUCUAUUUUGUAUGAUAGACCUGUGUGAAAAUUUUAUUUAAAUUUUAUUUAUGCACAUUUUUACAUUCUUGAAUAAUCUGUUUUUUUCCCCACAUUAUUAUCCCAGUUUAUAUGAAUAAAGGUUUGCAAUGCCU